AUGGGAGACGUACAGGCAGGCAAUGCGACGCCAGCGGACGCUCCAAAGCCAGCGGAGCCAGAACUCCCCAAAUUGAGCGCGCACGAGUUCAGGCAAUACAAUCGUUUGGCCGAACACAUGGACAUGUUCCACAACAACUUCCGUAAUUCUUGGACGAUCAUGUAUACGGCUUGUGAAAAUAACAAGCGUCCCUCGGGCAUGUCCAUUCGACAGUUCAUUGGGCUCGGUCUCGACUUCUGCCACCACCUGGACAUACACCAUAAUAUCGAGGAGCGCCACAUUUUCCCCAUCUUGGCCAAAAAGAUGCCUGCUUUUCGCAAAGAGCUAGAGCUUUUGACUCAGCAUAAGCAGAUCCACAAGGGGCUGGAGAAGCUGGAACAGUAUCUUGAGGAGUGCAGACGCGGCGAGAAUGAGCUCAGGAUGGAUAAGAUGAAGGAGAUCUUAGACUCUUUCGGCAAAGUCUUGUGGCAACAUCUAGACGAGGAGGUCAAGGAACUGGGUGCGGAGAACAUGCGCAAGUAUUGGACCAUUGACGAAGUCAGAAGAAUACCCAUGUAG